CGGACGUAAACAAACAAGGAGAUCAAAAGAUGAAAUUUCUAAUCCAGCUAGUUAUAGAAAUGCUUGUGUAGCGUGAUGUACAGAAACGAGCCGUAGGAGGUCAUAAAACGGGUUUGCAAGCUCUUUAGAUUUUCAAUCAUGAGUUUACCUCUUGUGGCAUCGGCAAUGAAUUUGCACUCGGUACAAAUUAGGAAUAUGCGCACUCGAUGUUUGCAGGAAGCCUAUCUCAAGAAACAUGGUCUCAACAAGAAUCUUCAGCCCAACUUAACUUCCUCUAAAGCUCGUUUGCACAAACGCAAAUCGACACGAAAAAAGACGACGAAACAGCCAAGUCCACUCAUCGUUGUUGAUGAGAAUGAUUCCGAAAGUAAGAAGUCUGAAAAAUCCAACCGUUUGUGUAAUCAAGGCAACAAAAGGUCUCGUCGAGUUAACAAAAACCGAACUGCAAAGAAUACGAAGGACUUGAAUAAUUCAUCAUCUACUGGGAUAGUUUGCUCAGUGAGGAAACUCAUAACAUCCUAUUCCAACAGAAACAUCUCUUCAACAGCACAGAAUUUGUGGAAAACCCCCAAAGUCAGCCCAAGACCAAAAACCAGUUCUGGAGAGGAGGCAUUAACCCAGUUAACAGAGAUCAAAAUUAAAAGACAAAGCUGUCCACCUCCAAUACUCCCGCAAUCCACAUCCCCUGCCAGCAGGAAUGCAAAGUUAAAGAAAGUUUAUUACUCUGAGCCACAUUCCCAAAUUAUGACUGGGGUUCCCUGUGUACCACCAGUCUCACCACUCAAUGAUGGUUUUGUUACUGUGGAAAUAGUUCCUUGCCUGGCUGAUAUUAAAAGUCAACAAUUAAUCAAAUCAAAGCUAAGAUGUCUAGUAACACAACGACAGAAACAAGAUGAAAAACUUAGAGAAAAAAUUCAAAAGGAAGUGAAACGAAAGGAGAGAGAGCGAAGUGAAAAUUUAAGGCAACAACGCCGGGCAGAGAUUUAUGCUUUAAAUGAAGUAAUGACAGAGCAUGAGAGAAACAAAUUUUUGCAAUUUAUGAAAGAGAAAAACGAAGGUCCUACAUCAAUAUCAUUGCAUGUUUGAUUGUAGGCAACUUAAUGUCCC